UCUGUAAUCAUUGGUUGAAGUGAAGGCAGUAUUAUUUUGAAAGCCUACAAAUCAUUUUAUUGUGUUGAAAAUUAUCGACUACUUUAUGCAGUUUAUAUAAGAGACUUUUGGAGAAAAACAUUUAAUCAAAGCAUGAAUCAAGAAAGCCAAAUUGAUACAGAUGUGAAUCUUUAUUUUAUUGUACCAAGCAAAUAUGAAUCUGAGAAUGAUUGUACUGAAGAAAUGUGGCAUGCAUACAAUAAAUGUUGCGAGCAUGAUUUGGAACCAAGAUGGAUAACUGACAAGAAAUGCAGUAAAAUGGAACCUGCUAAAAAUGAUGUUUUUGUAAUGGAAGAAUUUGAAGGAGACGCGUUUGAUAAAUUAAAAACAUUCAAGUGUCCUAUAGUGGGACCAAGAUGUUUAUUAGUUUGUUUUAUUAAUGGAGAACCAAUUCCAGAAGGAAAUAAUCCAGUAUACACAACUGCUAUGAGAGGUCUUUGCGUAUGUGCUUCUGGUUUACCUCUGGAAGAAAAAGAACACAUAACAAAAUUAGUAGAGUAUAUGGGAGGUAUUUUUACAAAACAAUUACGCAGUCGUGUUACGCAUCUUGUAACAGGAUCUGUCAUGUCUGCUAAAUAUGAGACUGCAAUAGAUAUGCAGAUACCAAUAGUUACAAAAGAAUGGGUUGAAGCAAUUUGGAAAACAAAUUUAAACGAUUUUAUUAAAGCAGAUGAUAGUAUGUUUAAUAAAUACAAAGCACCUGUUUUUCUCAAUCUAGUCGUCACUUCGACAAACCUUCCAAAACGUCAAAAAGAAGAAAUUAAACAUUUAAUUAAUGACAAUGGAGGGACAUUUAUGGGUCCCUUAGAUGGUGCAAAAGUUAAAGUUGUAUUAGCUCCUACAAAUAGUCCAAUAAGCGAUAAACUUAAGUAUGCAAAACAAGCAAACAUUGCUUGUUUAACACCAGACUGGGUAUACGAGAGUCUAAAAGUGGGCUAUGCUUUGCCUUUUAAAGAUUACUUGAUUACAUCAUUAAAAGUAUCUUCUACUCCUGAAAAAUCAAACGUGUACGAAAGUCUUAACUGUUCUGCUAUAAGUACCAUACCAUGUGAUUUACAAGUUAACGGUGUAGAUGAGACUUUAACUACUACAAUGAGUAGUGUUUCUACGGUGGAGCACUUUAUUAAUAAUACUGCUAAUGUUUUGGAUAGGCUUACUUUCAGCGAAGCAAAAUCGGCUGGUCCGUUUUUAGAUGGAUGCAACAUUUAUCUUGCUGGAUUUGCCGCUAAUCAAAGGGACAAAAUUAAUAAAAUAUUGAAUGUAGGUAGCGCAACACGUCUUGACGAUAUAUCGGACGUUCUAACGCACGUUAUUGUGGGAGACGAAAACAAAGCAAGCAGCGAAUUAAAAUUAAUGAAGUCAAAAGGAUUAUGCCCCUACAUAUUAAAUUUAGAAUGGCUUGAGCAAAGCAUUAAAUUAAAACGACCUGCACCAGAAGAAAACUUUUUAUUUGAAGCAAUACAUAGUGUAAUGCAGAAAGCUCCAGAACCUCCGUCUCCAUUAAGUAAAAAGAACUUACAAAUGUUGCAAAAACCAAGGAAGGUUUCCAUACCAACCUUCGAUAUAGAUAGGAAACUAUCGAUGAUAGAAAAAGAAAAUGAAAAACAGACAUCUGAUAUUCUCGAACACUAUCUUCAAGAUACAAUUGUUGUGGCAAAUGAAAACACGCUGCAGGAGUUUCUAAAGCCACAAACGCCCAUCACUGAAGAAACUAAUAAUAAAACUUUAGUUGAUAAUAAUAAAAAGCAGGAGAAAAAUGUCAAAGGAUCAUUCGCGCAAAGCAAGUUAGCAGACGAUAGCUUGGUACCUAUCAGUCAGGUGUCCACUUUAAAUGACAAACUAUUUGAAGGACUUACAUUUGUGGUAAUUGGUUUUAAUGACGAAGAUAGUUACGUAGCCGAGACUAUAAUAGCAAUGGGUGGACAAGUAGUUUCAAGUAUGUUUUCCGGUAUCCCAGAUUAUGGUGUUGUACCAAAAUGUGGUGCAACUUUGAAACAUACAGUGAAUGAAAUUGUCACUGAUUUAUUCAUCGAAGACUGUGUAAAUCAAGAACAAAUAGUUGAAAUCAUGUACUAUCACAGGCCAUUGUCUAUAAAGAAAUAUUUGAAUCCAUUAUCAGGCUGUGUUAUCACAAUGAGCAUGUAUACCGGUGUAGAACGAACGUACCUUGCAACGUUAGCUACGGAAUUGGAUGCCAUGGUUCAGGAUAUAUUCGUUCGUAAGACUAAUAUUGAAAAAAAUACGUAUGGAAGCACGCAUUUAGUUUGUCCAACACCUGAAGGCAAUAAAUAUAAUGCAGCGGUGAAAUGGAAAUUACCAGCUGUAACUGCAGACUGGUUAAAAUCUUGCGCGGCUCAGUCGAAACGAGUUGAUGAAACUCCAUUCCUUGUGGGGGAAACUAUAGCUCCCGAAAGGCCAAAUCAAACGGAGAAUUUAAAUACAAGUUUAUCUAAAACCAGUUCGAGUCAAAUGGGACCUCCAACCGAGCCAGCAAUUAAAAAUAUUAUUACCCCGAAACGUCAUUUAUCUCGUUUAGAGAGUCAAGAGAGCGGUUCCGGCGACACACCGUUAAUAAAUAAAAGACUCAGUCUACUUAUGAAUAAAACUCCACAGUCGCCGUUUCACGUUUCUACACCAGAAACACCAUAUGGUCAAGUAUUCAAGCCAGAUCCUUCUCCAGAUACUAGAAAAGGUUGGAUCAAAUGGGUUGACAACUUCCCGGAUUUGAGAGUAGAAGAGCCACCUCUGAAGAAAAGAGCACUCAGCACUCCUCUUUCAGAACUGAAGAAACAAUUAUGGCAAAAAUUGAAGAAACAAAGUUGUAAUUUGGAGGAUAGCACAGAUGAAACAUCAUCUACUGCUAAUGAUCAAUCAUUAGCCGAAGCAGAGGAAACAGUAGAACCAGGAGAAACAGAAAAUGAUAGUUGUAAAGCAACUGAUAUUGCACCUAUUAAUAGGAAAUUGGAAUUUACCGACGAAAAUAGUCCCCUAGAAAAUAAUGCAAUUAAUAUGCAAAUUGCCCAGUUGGAUCAGAUACUACAACGAACAUCGAGCACCCCUGAAAAUAGGUAUUCUCUUUCUGGUGAAAAAGCAAACGCGUACAAUACAGAACCCUCUGAUCCCAUACAGAAAUUUAUUGCAAAAGAUUCUCAACCUGUUGAUGCCAUUGUGUGGGAGGAUCCGAGUCAUGCAAAACGAUUGACAAUGCGCGAAGAGGAGAAUGAAGAUGUUGAUCAGAAUGAGCCCGAUGCAGAUCAGACCGAUGAAGAAUCAGUGGAAGAGGUUGAGCCUCUGAAAAGGCCGAAAUUCAUGCUCUCAGGCAUAAAGGAUAGAACGGCAUAUGAACAAGUAAUAAAAGACUUGGGAGGUGAUGUAUCUUCGGAUCCCACUUUUGAUAUUACAGCGACACAUUUGCUUUGUAUCAGACCAUCAAGAAAUGAAAAGAUGUUGGGUAGUAUAGCAUCUGGGAAGUGGGUUCUUCAUUGUAUGUACCUACGAGAUUCCGAACAGGAAGGGAAGUUUCUAGAUGAAGAAAAGUAUGAAUGGGGCAAUCCAGAAAGUAAAGAUGUUAUACCAGCUCCAAAUGGAGAAAUUGAAGAAACUAUUGCAGCAGCUGCAUACAGGUGGAGACUCAAAUUGCUCAAAGAACCAAACGGGCCCUUUAAUAACAUGGUUGCAUUACUGCUAGUCGCCGGAGAUAAGUACGACCAAUUCAAAAGAUUAAUCGAAGCUGGAGGGGGCAGAGUUGUUCAAGCAAGACCACCUUAUGACACAAGUCCAACGGGCAAGAAAAUUACUCAUUGCUUCGUAAAUGUCAGACAAGUUAGUCAACCAAUCGAUUGGGCAAUGUUAGCCAGCAAAGGUAUCCUUUGUUUUAUGCCACAAUAUUUGAGCGAUUAUCUUACUGCACGAACGCCAUUGAAUCCUCGAGAGUGUGUAAUACCAGAGUUUAAAAAGUAUUUAACAUUACUGCCAAAAUAA